UGAAGUGGAAACUGGGGAGGAAAUGGGCUAUAGGUUACACGGUAAGGUGCAAGAUGAAUGGAUACAAGCAGGAAAGGAAGCCAACUAAGACAGCCGACAACCAGCCUAGAUUUGGAAAUAUUCUUACCACGCUGUCACCGUGGCUUAUUUGUAGAUAAUUCCCCUGAAACCCAAAUCCACCGACGGCCUAUCCCCCCCUGCUUCUUUCUGCCGGAGAUAGGGAAAAAUACGACAAGAAAAUGCAGAGGUCACGAGAUCAACGGUCAAGAUCCUCUAGAUCCACAACCAUUCACGGGUUCGCUCAAUCUGGGGAUCUACUUGCCUUUCAAAAGCUGCUUUCCGGAAAUCCUUCUCUUCUCAAUGAACGUAAUCCUGUUAUGGUGCAGACACCACUUCAUGUUGCUGCUGGUUACAAUAAUGUUGAAAUACUCAAGUUUUUGCUUGGUUGGUCUGGGCCAGAAAAGUUGGAGAUGGAAGCCAAGAAUAUGUAUGGAGAGACCCCAUUGCACAUGGCAGCCAAGAAUGGUAGUAAUGAAGCUGUAAAGAUGCUUCUUGCUCAUGGUGCUCUCGUUGAAGCAAAAGCAAAUAAUGGGAUGACUCCAUUGCAUCUUGCUGUUUGGCACUCUCUACGAGCUGAAGACUGUUCCACGGUCAAGACAUUGUUAGAGCAUGAUGCUAAUUGUAGUGCUGAAGACAAUGAGGGCAUGACUCCAAUAAAUCAUCUCUCUCAAGGACCUGGCAAUGAAAAAUUGCGCGAACUUCUAAAUUGGCAUCUUGAAGGACAAAGGAAACGAAAAGCUAUUGAAGCAUGCGGCCAGACAAAAGCAAAAAUGGAUGAACUUGAAAAUGAAUUGUCUAAAAUAGUGGGCUUACAUGAGCUUAAGCAGCAACUCCGGAAAUGGGCAAAGGGGAUGCUCUUGGAUGAGAGACGUCAGGCCUUAGGGCUUAAAGUUGGUGCAAGAAGACCACCUCAUAUGGCUUUUCUUGGAAACCCUGGUACAGGGAAAACUAUGGUUGCUAGGAUUCUUGGGAAGUUACUUCAUAUGGUAGGGAUUCUUCCAACUGAAAAGGUGACGGAAGUGCAGAGAACAGAUCUGGUUGGUGAAUUUGUUGGUCAUACAGGACCAAAGACGAGGAGAAAGAUCCAAGAAGCUGAAGGGGGAAUUCUUUUCGUUGAUGAAGCCUAUCGGUUAAUACCUAUGCAGAAGUCAGAUGAUAAGGAUUAUGGUUUGGAAGCGCUAGAGGAGAUAAUGUCUGUCAUGGACAGUGGAAAAAUUGUAGUCAUUUUUGCAGGCUAUAGUGAACCAAUGAAGCGUGUAAUCUCCUCUAAUGAAGGCUUUUGUAGAAGAGUUACGAAGUUCUUUCAUUUUGAAAACUUUAGUUCGAAGGACCUAGCUAAAAUUCUUCAUCUUAAAAUGACUAAUCAAGCUGAGAGCAGCUUGUUAUACGGAUUUAAGUUGAAUCCUUCAUGUAGUGUUGAUGCUGUUGCAACACUUAUCGUGGAAGAAACCACUGAAAAGCUGCGCAAGGAGAUGAAUGGAGGUCUAGUGGAUCCAAUGCUGGUUAAUGCAAGAGAAAAUUUGGAUUUGAGACUCACUUUUGACUGUAUAGACUCGGAUGAAUUACUCACAAUCACAUUAGAGGAUUUAAGAGCUGGUUUGCAAUUGCUGUCUCAAUGAAUGGAACAAGUAGGAGGGCAGCAGAAGUUAUGACUUGAUUUGCUGGGGAAGGAAGAAGCAUAGAGUUCUUGACAUAUUUUGGUAUCGAAAAAGAUCUUAUUUAGAUCUUUUAAUCUCAGGCGUCCUUUCUCCAUGGAUGGCUUCCUCAUGAUUUUUACUGAUUCACAUAUUGGAAGCUUGUUGUAAUUAGUUCCAUUGAAUUUAUUUAUGCUCCAUAUGAUCUUUUCACAUUCUUUAUUGUGUUUACUAAAUUCUUUAUGUUGUUUGUUUAUAGGUAGGCUAGACCGUAGCAAGUUAGGUAAAAACUUGUGCGGAGCUACGUUAAUGGAUUGUGUUGUUCGUAUUAUUUAAUGAGAAUAUAUGAUUUUCAAUUGAUGGUA